CCAUUUUCCCCAUGGAACUUGAAUGCAGCACACCAGCAGCAGGACUCUCCUUGCGCAUGCUCACAGCGUUAGCAUUAGUAUUGUGAUGUUUGUUUUUAGAAGGUCUGUUAUCAUCCAUCCACUUGGGUCUGUGUGUUUUUUGCAUACAUGUGUUAGUGGAUUUGGAGCAAAUCCUUCUCAGAGACAGUUAGCUACCGUACAGCUGGAGGAGACGGACUAUGUCGGCAAAUAAAACAAAGAAAGUCAAAAUGGCUACUAAAUCUUGUCCCGAAUGCGACCAACAGAUUCCAGUUGCGUGCAAGUCCUGCCCAUGUGGUUAUGUGUUUAUUAGCAGAAAACUCCUAAAUGCCAAGUUAAAUGAGCGCUCCUCUCCAGCCAUAGCAGACAAGCUGGACUUUAAGCGGAGGAGGACAGAGCGCAUUCGCAGAGAGAGGAUAGACUCUUCUUUAACCAAUGACUUGGAAAACAGGAGAAGAUCCCGGGCCAACAGCCAAUCAGAUCCCAUCCGGAGAGGAAGGGGCAGACCAAAAACAGUGGGACUGAAGAAACACGAAGAGGACAAAGAGAAACAAGAGAAGGAAGUGGAUAUUUAUGCCAGUCUUUCGGAUGAGAAGGCCUUUGUGUUUUCUGUGGCUUUGGCUGAGAUCAACCGCAAGAUCCUGGGUCAGAGACUCAUCUUAUCAUAGACCGGUCAUUGAAAAACUUUCAAAGAGCAAGACCAAAGAGGAUGGAAGUGGCUGGAGCUGAAAUCUGAUCUGGAUGUAUUUCACUUGGAUGACGGGAUGAGAUUGAGAAACCUGCUGAAGCUUCCUAAUGAGGUAGAGGGUGAUGUUAUUGAAAGACAUCACUGCUCUUCAGCGCCUUGAAUUAAUCACCAACGAUACACAUGCAAAUAAAUAUUUCUAGACCAUGAGUAUGGUUUGUGCUGUGUGUUGUAAUGACACACAUGAGCAUUGAUGAUUUUCCCAACUGUAAAACAGCCACAUCAUAUUGUGCUAUGAAGGCCUCUUAGUUAUAAUGACUUCAUUUUUUGGAGAGUAGGAGACUAAAUAAAUACUACAUUCAUCUGAAAUAGAUAAACUGUUAUCAAGUGAACAUCCUCAAUUGAUAGUAGCUUCACGUUAAUGGAAGAGGCCAAGACAUUUUGGUGGCUGCGACUUUAUUAUAACUGAAGAUGAACAAUGAAGAUUCCUUUUUGGAUUGCCAUUGUUUGUUAGUAAUGUUGAGCAUGUAAAGCAUCCUGGUAGAGUUCAAGCUUUUACUUCACGUAUGUGUCCUUGAAUGAGCUUCCUUACAAGGUUAACAAAAACAAAAAAAACGUACUGCUAGGUAUGGUACACACCAAUUAUUCAGUAGUUACUUUUAUAGACCAUUUAAGAUGAUUUCACUUUGCAUUGACUAUGUAUUAAACUAAGUAACAAAAACUAAACUCAUGACAAAUUUUAAUCAGAGUGUGAGGUAGUGGUGAUGUAGUGAAUAUGUGUUCUUUUAAAAUAAAUAAAUUAUCAAUCCGUCA